GCUUCCGGUCCGUCACGUCUCAUCCCGGAAGAUUUACAUUUCUGCUCCUGACACGUAGCAGCCGCAAACAAGUUGGCAGCGCUGUGGACGGACUCGUCAACAUCACAGAGUGAGAGAUGUCGGGGUUUGACAAUUUAAACACAGACUUUUACCAGUCAAGCUACAGUGUAGAGGACCAAAACCAGGCCGGCUAUGGCUACAGCAACAGCAACAAUGAAAACCCCUACAACAAGCCAUACGGUCAGUAUGACUACUCCCAGCCCAUGGCCUACGCUUCCCCUGGGAUGAUGCAGCCUCAGCAGCCGUACACAGGACAAAUCUUCCAGCCCUCACAGACCUACACUCCAUCCCCGGCACAAUCGAUGUACAGCAGCAGCUUUGAUGACGAGCCACCGCUGUUAGAAGAAUUAGGAAUCAACUUUGACCACAUCUGGCAGAAGACUUUGACGGUGCUGCAUCCAAUGAAAGUAGCAGACGGCAGCAUCAUGAAUGAGACGGACCUUGCGGGCCCCAUGGUCUUCUGUUUGGCCUUCGGAGCAACACUCCUCCUGUCAGGAAAGAUCCAGUUUGGCUAUGUAUACGGUAUCAGCGCAAUUGGCUGCCUUGGCAUGUACUGCCUACUCAACCUUAUGAGUAUGACCGGCGUCUCCUUCGGCUGUGUGGCCAGCGUGCUGGGAUACUGCCUCCUCCCCAUGAUCCUCCUCUCCAGCUUUGCAGUCCUCCUUUCUUUACAGGGCAUGGUGGGUAUAAUUUUAACAGCAGCAAUCAUUGGCUGGUGCAGCCUCUCAGCCUCAAAGAUCUUCAUCUCGGCGUUGGCCAUGGAUGGGCAGCAGCUGUUGGUGGCUUACCCCUGCGCUCUCUUAUACGGGGUCUUUGCGCUCAUCUCUGUCUUCUAAAGAAAAUCAUUGAAUAACUGUUGAAAAUAACUGCUCUCCAGUUUCUGUCAUAUCAGUCUAAUUAGCGUAGUUAUUGUCUAAUUACAGUGUUAUAACAGAAAAGAGGAGCUGCUGUUUAAAAUGGCACAAAGAGUUUUUUUUCUUUUAUGAGACUCCACCUCUCACAGCGUUCCAACUUGACCAUGUGCAGGCUGCAGUGUCGUCACACCCAUUGUCUACUUUCCAGCUUGCUUCCUUCAUGCAUCUUAAAGGAGAGGGCUGUCAAAUAGACCUGGUGAAGAAUAAUUCUCCUCUGCGCACCACGUUGGGCCUUAAAUGGCCUAUUACAGUCGGAUCAUUUUAAGGACAUGAAUGGGAAGGAAGUGAGCAUGUACUUCACACAAUGGGAACCUGAGAAUUUAAUUUGGGCACAAAUGGGGAAAAGGUUCUCAGUUUCCGGACAGAUGACAACCCUCAGCAAACCCCGCUGGUUUAUUUGAAGCCAGUGGAAACGCCAUGUAUAAUGAUUUCUGCUAAAGUGUUUUUGAACCAUUUCUUUCAAGUAAAUUCUACAACUGCAGGACUAAGGGAAGCAUUCACAUCUGUUCUCUGCAAGAUUUCAGCGCCUCUCUCUACUUCUCCACCCAGAAAGGAUGGAGGGAAAAAAUGGGGUGUCUCCACCUCAGUAUCUGCUUUUCUCUCGGACUGAGGAGCCAUGAAUCCCAACAUGUGCUCAUCACAGCAGCAACCUGAUCUUUGAUCUUUGCUUUAUCAUCGCAUGUAACGUCUUAUUGCAUUCUCUAGAGAUUCAUUCGAGUUUCGAUGCCUUUCAGGAAGACAGAAGUACAGAUUGCACAUGAACCUCAUUCUAAUUCCCAGAACCAAACAAAAUUGAAAAUAUAUUCAGAACGAAUAGUUUGAGAGAGACUGCUAAUGUCCAUGUUGACAUAUAGCGUGUCUAUAGUUUGCACCCUUCGGUUCUUAAAUCUUUAUUAUAGCUUCAGCUCGCAUUGUAUGCUUUGAUGUGUCAUCUGUCGAUCGUGUCUUCUCAUGUACAUUAAAGUUGUCUUUGAAGGUUUUCUGCCGUGUGAUGUUGAAUGGUACAGUCUAUGGUUGAGCAGUGGCGUAGCCUCUCUGAGACUUAACCAUGGGUUUUAUUUAGUCUCUAGACCCGCAGUGCUCGCAGUGUGGCAGAAGAAUGGCCCAUGUGCACAGGACGAAGUGGGUGAUAAUUAAAAAUGACAACCUGGGGACAUUCUGUCAAAGCUGACUGGUAGAUCAAAGAAAUAGUCUGCAUGCUUUUUAAUCAUUUUUUAAUAAUUAAGUUAUUGCUUUUUAGACAUGGAAGAUAAUUUUGCAUGAAAAGUGUGUUUUCUUACGCUGGAAAUGUUUGCAGCACCGACUAAAGCUUGUUCAGAUAUGCCGUUAAAAACGUAUCAAAAAAUCUUUUUAUCACCUAGGCACAAAAUACUUAUUUAGAAACUCAAAAUACUGUAACAAAUGCUUUGUAGGAUAAUCCUCUAGUUGUGUGAUUAUGAUAGACACCGUUGUAGUACAUUUCUGUAGAGUGAUACCUUAUAAUCAGCACCAGUGGAUCAGUUCUUGCUGAUGUUACUGACAAGAGUUUUGUAAACAUCAUGGGGGUUUGCCACAUUUU